CACUGCGACUUUUGAAGUCCAAACAGUUGUUGGUGCUGCGCGCCGCCUCUGGUCGCCCUGCCAGGCUGCCCGUGUCCCCGCGGACCUUGGGUCGUUUACAGGAGUUUAGAGAAAGCCACGUCUUCAAGUUUUUGCGGGUUCGAAACCUUCCCGAGCUGCAGAUCGCAACAAAAGGAAGGAGAACCCGGGCGUCUCGCGGGCAGAUCAGAGGCGCGGGCGGCGGCUGAGACGCGCGCGAGACCCCCGCCCCUCCGCGCGCCCACGGACUCUCUCUCUCCCUCUUGCCCUAGUCCUGGAAGCGAUGGAGGAGGCCGAAGGCGACUGCGCCGUAGCGUUCGCUGAGGCCCAGAGAUGGGUGGAGGCAGUGACAGAGAAGAAUUUUGAAGCAAAGGAUUUUCGAGCCUCUCUAGAGAAUGGUGUUCUGUUGUGUGAUUUGAUUAAUAAGCUUAAACCUGGUGUCAUUAAGAAGAUCAAUAGACUGUCCACACCAAUAGCAGGUUUGGAUAAUAUAAACGUUUUUUUGAAAGCUUGUGAACAGAUUGGAUUGAAAGAAGCCCAGCUUUUCCAUCCUGGAGAUCUACAGGAUUUAUCUAAUCGAGUCACUGUCAAGCAAGAAGAGACUGAUAGAAGAGUGAAAAAUGUUUUAAUAACAUUGUACUGGCUGGGAAGAAAAGCACAAAGUAACCCCUACUAUAAUGGUCCAUACCUUAAUUUGAAAGCAUUUGAGAAUCUUUUAGGACAAGCUCUGACUAAGGCACUUGAAGACUACAGCUGCCUGAAAAGAAGUGGCAGGGACAGCGGUUACGGAGAUAUCUGGUGUGCUGAAAGGGGUGAAUUACCUGCUCCUGCAGGCAACCAUAGGAGAGAAGAUUCAUUUGAAAGCUUGGACUCUUUGGGGUCCAGGUCAUUCACAAGCUGCUCCUCUGAUAUCACACUUAGAGGGGGGCGUGAAGGUUGCGAAAGUGACACAGAUUCUGAAUUAACAUUCAAAAUGCAGGAUUACAAUAAAGAUGAUAUGUCCUAUCGAAGGAUUUCGGCCAUUGAACCAAAGUCUGCUUUACCGUUCAAUCGUUUUUUACCCAACAAAAGUAGACAACCAUCCUAUAUGCCGGCGCCCUUGAGGAAGAAAAAGCCAGACAAAAAUGAGGAUAACAGAAGAAGUUGGGCAAGCCCCGUCUAUACAGAAGCAGAUGGAACAUUUCCAAGUAACGAGAGGAGAACUUGGGGCACAAACGUGGAGAACUGGCCAACAGUUCAAGAAACUUCAAACUCCUUUUGUUAUUUGAAAGAGGAAGAAGAAGAGACAAGCAUACCCAACACUGUAAAAGAUGAUCUUUAUAUGAGAAAGCUAAGUCCGAUCAUGCCAAACCCAGGGAACGCUUUUGAUCAGUUUCUUCCCAAAUGUUGGAUCCCAGAAGAUGUGAACUGGAAAAGGCUCAAAAGGGAAACUUAUAAACCAUGGUAUAAAGAAUUUCAGGGAUUCAGUAGGAGGAAUUUAUACUCUGAGGACGAGGAAUCAGGCUCUGGCAGAAGCUCUGCCAUUUUCAGUAGGAUACCAAAAGCAGAGCAUAGGCUAGCCAGCAACUGCCAAAGACGUUCACUCUUGAUGGAACUAGCUACUGAGCGGGCCAGAAUCGCACGGGACACCCAUGCAGCCAGGAGAACUAGUAGUACUUCGGAUGAGCCCAGUCAGUUUUUAUUACUUCAGGCCUUCCAAACAUAUUCUGAUGACAUCUUGUCUUCCGAAACAAAUAUCAGAAUUGACCCCACUGCUGGCCCAAGGCUUAUAACACGCAGGAAGAAUCUCUCUUAUGCACCAGGGUAUAGAGGAGGUGAUCUUGAGAUGUCAACCUUGGAUCCUGACUUAGAGAAUGAUGAUUUCUUUGUCAGAAAGACUGGGGCUUUCCACGCCAAUCCCUGUGUUCUCCGGGCUUUCGAAGACUUCAGAUUUUCUGAGCAAGAUGACCCUGUAGAACGAGACAUAAUUCUGCAAUGUAGAGAAGGUGAACUUGUACUUCCAGAUCUAGAAAAAGAUGAUAUGAUUGUUCGCCGAAUUCCAGCACAGAAGAAAGAGGUGCCUCUGUCGGGGGCCCCAGAUAGAUACCAACCAAUCCCUUUCCCUGAACCCUGGACUCUUCCUCCAGAAAUUCAAGCCAAAUUUCUCUGUGUACUUGAAAGGACACGCCCAUCCAAAGAAAAAAGUAAUAGCUGUAGAGUAUUAGUUCCUUCCUGUCGUCAGAAGAAAGACGAUAUGUUGACUCGUAAGAUCCAGUCUUGGAAGAUGGGAACUCCCGUGUCCCCCAUCAAUUUCACCCCAGGUCCCUGCAGUGAGGCGGACUUACGGAAGUGGCAGGCCAUCCGGGAGGCCAGCAGGCUUAGGCACAAGAAACGGCUGAUGGUUGAGAGACUCUUUCAAAAGAUUUAUGGUGAGAAUGGGAGUAAGUCCAUGAGUGAUGUCAGCGCAGAGGAUGUGCUGCACUUGCGUCAGGUGCGUUACGAAGAGAUGCAGAGAAUGAAGUCACAAAUGAAAGAACAGGAUCAGAAAUGGCAGGAUGACCUUGCAAAAUGGAAAGAUCGUCGAAAAAGCUACACUUCAGAUUUGCAGAAGAAAAAAGAAGAGAGGGAAGAAAUUGAAAAGCAGGCGCUUGAGAAAUCUGAGAGAAGCUCUAAGACAUUUAAGGAAAUGCUGCAGGACAGGGAAUCCCGAGAUCAAACGUCUCCAAUUACAUCAAGGAGAAUAUAUCCUUCUGAUGAUGCAUUGAAUGAAGAAAAGCUUCCUCUGACACUGACUAUGUCAGAAGCAAGUUACCAGAGUGGGAGAGUAGAAGAGAAGGGAACAACUUAUCCUACAGAAAUUCCUAAACAAGAUUCUACAACUUUUGCAAAAGGAGAGGACACUCUGACAGCUGAAAUUCAGCUUCCUCCUAAAAACCCUGGGGAAGAACAACGCCCAGUCUCUUUGUCCUCUCAGCAUUCACUGCGUACACAGUCAGCUCAAGUUUCAGCUUCUCUCCCCAGAAGUUACCAGAAAACUGAUACAGCCAGGUUAACAUCUGUGGUCACACCGAGACCUUUUGGAUCUCAGUCAAGGGGAAUCUCAUCGCUCCCGAGAUCCUACACGAUGGAUGAUAUUUGGAAGCAUAAUGGAGACGUAGAAGGUGUUAAGAGAUCUGAAUACAGUUCGCUCAGCACCUCUGUGCAUAAACCUGACCCAAGGCAGCUUGCUUCCAGCUCCUUCAGUGAAAGAGAGGCAGUGACAUUGGGAGAGAGUGUGAUGAGCUUGUCCUCUCCUACACCCCCCUUCUCAUCUCUUUCCCAGGACCAGGCCGCCACUUCUAAAGCCACAUUGUCUUCAACAUCUGGCCCUGAUUUAAUGUCUGAGCUUGGAGAAGGGAGAAGCUCAGCACAAACAGAAGUCUCAAAGUCAAAGGAUCAGUUCAGUGAUAUGAGAAUCAGCAUAAACCAGACGCCUGGGAACAGUCUUGACUUUGGGUUUACAGUAAAAUGGGAUAUUUCCGGGAUCUUCGUAGCAUCAGUCGAAGCAGGUAGCCCAGCAGAAUUUUCUCAGCUACAGGUAGAUGAUGAAAUUAUUGCUAUUAACAACACCAAGUUUUCAUAUAAGGACACGAAAGAGUGGGAAGAAGCCAUGGCUAAUGCUCAAGAAACUGGAAACCUAGUAAUGGAUAUCAGGCGGUAUGGAAAGUCUGGUUCACCUGAAACAAAGUGGAUUGAUGCAACUUCUGGAAUUUACAACUCAGACAGAUCUUCAAAUCUAUCAAUAACGACUGAUUUCUCAGAAAGCCUUCAGAAUUCUAAUGCCGAAUCCAAGGAAAUAAAUGGAAUUCGUGAUGAAAGCAAUACUUUUGAACUAAAAGCAUCUGAACCUAUUUCUUUGAAAAACUUAAAAAGGCGAUCACAAUUUUUUGAACAAGGAAGUUCCGAUUCAGUGGUUCCUGAUCUUCCAGUUCCAACUAUCAGUGCCCCGAGUCGCUGGGCGUGGGAUCAAGAGGAAGAGCGAAAGCGGCAGGAAAGGUGGCAGAAAGAGCAGGACCGCCUGUUGCAGGAAAAAUAUCAACGAGAGCAGGAAAAACUAAGGGAAGAGUGGCAAAGGGCUAAGCAAGAGGCCGAGAGAGAGAAUUCCAAGUACUUGAACGAGGAACUGAUGGUCCUGAACUCCAACAGCAUUUCUCUGACGACCCAGGAGCCCACUGUUGCCACCUUGGAUGCCACCUGGAGUGAAGGGUCCAAGUCUUCAGACAAGGAAGGCACCCGAGCAGGAGAAGAGGAGAGGAGACCCCAGCAAGAAGAAGAUGUGAAUGAGGACCAAAGAAAGAAGCUGCAGGAACAACUCACUCUUGAGAAAGAGAGGGAACUACAGGAGCAACAAGAUCAGGAAGAGCGGGAGCAGAAGCAGCGUCAGGCAGAGGCUGUGGAGCAGAAGCGCCGAGCAGAGGAACAGAUGCGCCAGGCAGAGAGAGAGAGGGAAACGUCAGUCAAAAUAUACCAGUAUAGAAGGCCUGUUGAUUCGUAUGAUGCACCAAAGAGAGAGGAAGAAUCUUCAGGUUUGCUUCCUCGUGACAGGAAUAAAUCCGUAUCUACUACUGAGCUGGAUGACUACCCCACAAAUAAAAAUGGAAGCAAUAAAUAUUUAGACCGAGUUGGGAGCAGUAACUCAUUACAGAGGAGCUCCAAGAAGGAACAAGUCCCAUCCGAAGCAGAGUUGGAAAGACAACAAAUCCUUCAAGAAAUGAGAAAGAGAACAUCGCUUCACAAUGACAACAGCUGGAUCCGACAGCGCAGUUCCAGUGUAAAUAAAGAGCCUAUUUGUCUGCCCGGGAUUAUGAGAAGAGGUGAAUCUCUAGAUAACCUGGAUUCCCCGAGAUCCAGUUCUUGGAGACAGCCCCCUUGGCUCAGUCAGCCUACAGGAAUCUAUGCUUCUUCCUCUGUUCAAGACUUCAGUCGCCCACCACCUCAGCUGGUGUCCACGUCAAACCGUGCCUACAUGCGAAAUCCAUCCUCUAGCAUCCCGCCUCCUUCAGCUGGUACUGUGAAGACCACCAGCACACCGCCCCCCACACUACACAGCCAUUUCCCUUCACCUUCACCAUCAGGCUCCCAGCUACGCAACAGGUCAGUCAGUGGGAAGCGCAUAUGCUCCUACUGUAAUAACAUUCUGGGCAAAGGAGCCGCCAUGAUCAUCGAGUCCCUGGGUCUUUGUUAUCAUUUGUAUUGUUUUAAGUGCGUUGCCUGUGAGUGUGACCUCGGAGCCUCUUCCUCAGGAGCCGAAGUCAGAAUCAGAAACAACCAACUGUUCUGCAACGACUGCUAUCUCAGAUUCAAAUCUGGACGGCCAACCGCCAUGUGAUGUAAGCCUCCAUACGAAAGCACUGUUGCAGAUAGAAGAAGAGGUGGUUGCCGCUGCUGUAGAUCUAUAAAUAUACGUUGUAUGUCUUUUUCGCUCUCUCUCUCUCUCUUUUUUUUUUUAAAAAAAAGAAUAACACUUUUUUUUUUUUUGCCUCUUUAGAUUACAUCAGAACAUUAUAGUCUUGGUAGAAUAGAACCUGUAUUUUUGUUGUUGUUUAUUUAUAAGAAGGUAAUUAUGUGUGGGGAAAAGUGCAGUAUUUUCUUUUGAAUUCAGCAUCUUAAGAGCACAGGGAAGAAAAAACUUCAAAAUAUUUUUGAGGCUGAUAAUGAUAAUAAUGAUCUAGUUUGACUUUCUAGUGGUGUUUUGAAGAGGGCUAUUUUAUUGUUUUUUAAAAAGGUUCUGAAACAUUAUUUGAAAUAGUUAAUAUAAACAUGUAAUUGCAUUUGCUCUUUUUAUUGUAAAGUAUGCUAAAUUAAUACAGAACCAUAUGGAAAUUUCACUAAAAUCCACCCCCAAAUUUGCUUUCUAUGUCUUUCUUUUCAACUAUAUAUUAUGAUUUUUUUAAAAGAAUUAUCUUAUAUAAAAUUUUAUUUGCUUGAUGAGGGGAGCUUUUUUUUCUUCACCAGAAUCGUUGCUAAGCAGAAAGCUGCUGCUUUUCAUUAAUCAUAGUUUGUAUACCAAAAGUUAUCUCCAGAAACUAGUGAGCCUUUCUGUUCUACUGCAUUUGUAAAUAAACUUGCUGAUGAAUUUAA